AUGGAAUUAAAAUCUAACUUUGGUGGGAAAUCAUCUUUGGAUUAGGAUAGAUCUGCCAUAGACAAGAUUUAAAAUGAAUUGAAAAUGAUAUUUUUCAAAGUCAAUCAACAAUUAUUGAAAGAAGAAGAGCAAUCAAUUAUUCUGAAUUUACUAGCCAUCAUAAUUCAGUUCUUUUAAGCUACCUACAUUAUCUUCAAUAGACAAACAUGGAAAGUUUGGUAAACAUUUGAAGUAACUGAGUGGCUCAAUAAGAUAUUUGGGUAAUGUUAAAUAAGCUAAAAAGAUAUUCGAUGCUAGUCCCUUACUUUCAGAUGUUAUCAUUUCCAGCCCUUGUUGCUAUGAUGUAUGUAUGCUUAGGUUUGGUAGUAUUUGCAUUUAUGUUGAUCUUCCUUCUAAGUUAUAGAUUGAAAUCUGCAUUUACUUGGCCCAUAUAUAUUUUAAGAAUUUUGGUUCAAAUGUUCUUAUCAGUUUUUUAUAUGCCAAUCAUGGAUCUUUUUUUUUCUUUGAUUGCUUGUACAACUGAUGAAAAUGGAAACACAAUAAAUUAAAUUUUUAUUGAUAUUACUUGUUGGCAAGGUGUUCAUAUAGUGCAUGGUAUUGUUUCAAUUUUAGCAAUUAUUAUAUUCUAUCUAUUUUGUAUAACAUUUGCCUUAAUAUAUUAUGAGCCAAGGUAUCUACCUAAAUAGCCAUUAUCUAAGAAAUCUGGUAGAAAUUUGGCUGUUUUCUUAACUUACGAAUUAGUUAUGAUUAUAUGCUAUACAUUUAUGGUUGGAAGAUACUAUGAUUAUCUAUUCAUUUUGAUUAUUUUGGUUGGAAGUUUUACUAUUUUUUGGAAAAUGCACAUAGAAAAUCCACAUAAUAAUGUAUACAUAGCUAAAAUGUGGUCUAUGCUUGUGUCGGUUAAUAUGUGGAGUGUUAUACUAUUAUGUUUUGCUAAAUUUCUAGAAGGUUAAUUAUUUUUUGGAACUAUUUAUGCGUGGUUAUCAGGUUUGCCCUUAAUGAUUGUUGCAGUUCUAAAAACAGAAAAAUUGAAUUAUGAUUUGCUUUUGACCAAUCUUAAUAAAGUAACAGAUCCUCAGGAAGUACUUAAUUUGACAAAUCAUUUAAUUAAACUCUUUUACAUUUAAGAUUCAGAUUCUUAAUUGAUGAUUGAUGGAUUCUUAGAAAUACAUAGAGCUACUUGUGCAAGGGAAGAUUGUUAUUUAAAAUAAAAAAAAUUACCAAACUAAAGAUUGGCUAAACCUUUCUUUAAAGAUUAAAGUCUUCAAGAAAGAGAUGUUGAUUUACUUAUGGUUUUAGGUCAAAUAUACUUUAAUUAGAUCAAACGAUUUCCAAAUGAAAUUGCAUUGAGACUUCGAUAUUCAUUGUUUCUAUUAGAUCUUAUGAAGUAGAGAUAAUAAGCAUUAAAUGAAUUAAUAUAAUCAGAAACAUUAUGUCCUAGUUUAGAUAAUGAAUUUAUAAUAUUUAGAUAUAAAAAAGUAAUUGAAGAUGAAAUGAAUUAAGCAUAAAAUGAAAAUUUAGGUAAUUUAGAUGUUGCAACAGAAUUAGCAUUUUAAAAUCAUAUGAGAUCAUUUUAAAAUAAAAUUGAAAGAGCUACUCUAAUGCAUAUGGAUUUUUGGUCAUAAUUAUAAGAAGAUUCACCUGAUUUAGGUAAAAUGAAUAAUAUUGGUGCCAAGAUCAAUUUAGCAAUUAUUUAAGUUGAAGAAUUAUGGAAUAAAAUGUAAAUGAUGACAUAAAAUCUACCUAAAGCUAUGAGAUUAUAUGCUAAAUUUAUUUAAGAAGUAUUAUAAGAUAAAGAUUAUGGAGAAGAAUUAUUAGAAAAAGCAAGACGACUAUAAUAGUAGAAUAGUAAAAACAAAAAUAAAUAGAUGAUUUCAAUAUUAAGCGGUGAAGAUUUAAGUUAAGAGCCUAAUGCUACAACAUUGGUCUCAACAGCUGUAGAAAAAUUUGCAUAGAUUAUAAACUUAAAUUUAUCAUGCUGCAAUAUGUUUGGAUAUAGUAAAUCUGAAAUGAUCAAUAGAAAAAUUAAUAUUUUCAUGCCAAAUCUUUAUUAGAAAUUUCAUGAUUCAUAUGUUGAACACUUUCUUUAAACAAAUGAUAAUAAAAAUAUUAACAAGGAAAGACUAAUUUAUAUUAAACUAAAAUCAAAUUACAUAGCCCCAUGUUUUUUAAUGUUGAAAAUCAUUUAAUCUUUAGAUGACAAUUUAUAAUUAGCUGCACAAUUUAGAUUACCUAAAAUUUUCAAGCCCACUUGCUACAUAAUCUUAGAUUCAGAUGAAACAAUUGAUUCUAUAUCAGCCUCUUGCAUUUCCAUGUUGAAUAUAGAUUAAAAGAUGAUUUCACACAAAAAAAUGUCAUUAAUAGACAUUUUUCCAAAAUUUGAAGAAAAUAAAGCUUAAUAUUUAACUAAAGGUGGAGGAUUACUUUAAUUUUCUUCAUAUUCAACUUAAUUUAGUAAUUCAAACAUAACAGAAGAGAAAGAACAUGAACAAAUAACAUUUAUGUGCUACAUGACUGAAGUAAUAAAUUAAUCAAUUGAUUAAUUAGUUGGGUAUAUAAUAAGAUUAGAAUUACAAGGUUAAGAUUAAAGUAUUAACUAAGAAUUACUUGCAAAUAAUCAUCCUUUAAAAAGUGGAAGCAGCUUAUAAUUCAAAUUUUAUCCUCAACGUUCUAUGUAUAGUGGAGAAUUCGUAGCAGAUACUAAUUCUUAAAGAGUGGAUUAGACUAUAUUAUGGGAUUAGAAUGAUUAAUCAUCUAUGAUAUCUUCUAAUUAAAUAGACGUUUUAAACACAGGAAAUUUAAGAUCAUAAGUUAAAACUGAUAAAUCAGAAGAGUAAAAUUUGAACAGUAAAAUAAAUUAUGGAGAAGGAAUUAAAAUUUUGAGAUUGUUUGAAAAUAGAAUUUAAGAUAUAGAUGAUAAAGAUGAUAUGAUGUCAGAUGAUGAAGAGUUAGGAAAAAAUAGUGUAUUUUAAAAUAAUAUAGAACAAGCAAUAGAUAAUGAUUAAUAAAGAAAUGAUUAGAAUAAUAUUUUUAGAUCAAGAAAGAAUUUAUUCUAAAUUAUUAAUAGCAAUUAAACACCAAAAGUAAUUACUAAAUUAGGUUGGACUGCCAAUAUUCUUGCAUUAAUCUUAAUUGUGCUUUCUUUUGUAGAUUUCUUUAUGAUCUAUGAAUAAUAUGAUGACAUUUAUAAUACUAUAAUUUUAGUAAAAAAUCAAAACUAAAGAAAUGCUGAACUCUAAACAAUAACAACUACUGUUCAAAAUCUCUUAAUGUUAAAUUUAGAUGUUUGGCAAUUAAAAACAGAUAAUGAUAAGGCAACAUAUGAAACAACAUAAAAAAUAAAAUUAAAUAAUUCAAUUACAAAUGUUGACAAUUUAAACAAAGAAUUAAUGCUCUCUAGUGUUACAUUAAGCGAUUCAAUAUUAAGUAUGAUGAGAACAGAUAUUGUCAUAAUGAAAUCGAGUGAUGGUAAUGAAUAAUUAUAUGAUUUAUCUGAAGCAAUAUAAUAAAUAAUCAGUAAAUCUCUGAUUAUUAGAGAUAAAAGCAUAACAAAUAUUAAUAUGUAAGAUAUAGAUGUGAAUUUUGUGCUUUAUAAUUCUCUUAAUAGUUUGAUCUAUUAAUUAAGAUUAUUCUCAACAUUAUAUGCUAAUGAAUUGAGAGUCAAAACAUAGAAUAAUGGAUAAACUUUCUUAAUAAUUUUAGGGGUAUCUACAGCUGCAAUAGGACUAGGAUUGAUCAUUAUGAUUAUAGCAAUGAUAUCUGUAAGCAAAAAUUAAGAAGAAGUAUUAGCUAUGUUUUUAGAUCUUCCAGAAAAAACAGUUAAAUAUUUAUACAAUAAAAGUGAGAACUUUAUUUCUAAUUUGUAAAUGGGUGAAGAUGAUGAAAUGAUGUCAGAGAUAGAUGAUAUAGAAAAGGAAGAAUAAGAAGAAUUAAAUAAGACUUUGAAGACCAAGAGAAAAAAGAAAAAGUUUAAAAAUACAAAUAAAGAUUAAAGAAACUUUAUUUUUGGUAUAUUUUUUGUUUUGUUAAUCACAUAAGGAUAUUUUGUAUUGAAUUAUAUUUUAAGUCAUACAUUUCUAAGUAAUCUUGAUUAAAUGAUACCAGAAAUUAAUGCAACUGCUAGAGCUGAAAGUUUUUAUAGAUUUGUAGAUAUAGGAGAGAGAGCAUUAUUUUUAGAUAGAAAUUAAACAAUAAUGAAUUAAGAUGCUUAUACAAUGGUUAAAAAUAAUCUUAAUGCUCUAUAUGUUUUAGAUUCAUCUAUGCACCAAGAACAUUCAUUAAAUGUUGAAAUUACAAAUCAAAUAUACCUUGAUGCUUUUAAGGAAAUAUUUAUGUCUCAACCUUGUACAAUAUUAGCUACUAUAAUGUUUGAAGUUAAUGAAUAAGAAUGUCAGACUUUUGCAGAUGGAGCCAUCUAUUAAGGAAUGGCAGUUGGGGUUGCUCGUUACUUUGAAAAUUUAAGAUAUAUCAUGACCAUAUAUGAUUAAUUUUGGAAUAAUUCUAAAGUUAAUUUUACUCAACUUACUCGUGGAUUUGCUACUUUCAAAAAUAUAACUAAGAAUUCAGAUAAUACAACAAAUUAUGUUUUAAAUCUUAAUAAUUUCAAUCAUACAAAAGAAGCAAGAUAGAUGCAAGAUAAUUAUCACAGAGGAACUUUUCGUUAUUUAAUUAAAAAAAUGAUUGAAGGGAUAUAUCAAGAUAUGGAAAGUAGUAAAACUUAGCUUCUUGCAUUUUUUAUUGUAUUUGAUGUUCUUUUGUUUGUUAUUUAUUUCAUAUUGUGGUUACCUUUAGUUGUUAAAAUGACCAAAGAUAUUUGGAGAACUAGAUCAAUGAUUAUGAUGAUUCCUUUGAGAGUGAUCUAAAAUAUAAGAUCUAUUAAGGCCUACAUCAAAGAUAAUAUAUAGGUUAAUGAGAUAGAUGUGUGA